GCGCAGUACCCUCGCACUUGUGUUCCGGGGUCGGUGAGUGUGUACACAGUGUGAAAAAUCAUCAUUGUGUACCCUUUUUCUUCACCUUUUACACAGUUAUUACACGGGCCACACAGAGAGGGGGUUAGCAGGGGGUUCUCCUCGAGCGACAGACGCUUUGAAUACGGCACCGAGUGGACGUGUGUGAGGAUGAACUUCUUCAGAGGAGUGAUCGGUGGGCAGGCAGCCGGGCCGCAGCCGUCCGGGUCGGAGACGAUUCAGAAGUUGUGUGACCGGGUGGCCUCCUCGACGCUCCUAGAAGACCGCAGAGAUGCUGUCCGGGCUCUUAAGUCCCUCUCUAAGAAAUAUCGCAUGGAAGUUGGGACACAGGCGAUGGAUCACUUGAUCAACAUACUGCAGACUGAUAGGUCUGACUCUGAAAUCCUUGGCUACGCUUUGGACACACUCUACAACAUCAUCUGCAACGAUGAGGAGGAAGAACAAGAUGAAUCAGAAGACGCAGUAACCCCUCUCCCUGUCUCAGGGAAGCAUAAGAAUAUGUCCAUACCUGACGAGAACGCCCAGAAACAGGCAGAUGACCUGGGUGCCCAGUUUACAGACACAUUCAUCCAGGACCCUGAGCAUAUAACCCUGCUUCUCACUCUGUUGGAGGAGUUUGACUUCCAUGUCCGUUGGCCUGCGGUGAAGUUGUUGACUGCUCUCCUGAAGAACCAGGGCGUCCAGGUCCAGGGGAUCAUUCUCGUCAGCCCCAUGGGUGUUUCCAGAUUAAUGGACCUACUGGCAGACUCCAGAGAAGUAAUUCGCAAUGAUGGCUUGCUGCUGCUUCAACAGCUGACCAAAGGCAACGCAGCAAUUCAGAAAAUUGUGGCAUUUGAGAACGCAUUUGAGCGUCUCCUAGACAUCAUCACAGAAGAGGGCAGCAGUGAUGGAGGUAUUGUGGUGGAGGACUGUUUACUUCUGCUACUCAACCUGCUCAAGAACAACAGCUCCAACCAGAACUUCUUCAAGGAGGGCUCCUACAUCCAGAGAAUGAAGCCCUGGUUCGAGGUUGGGGAUGAUAACUCAGGCUGGUCGGCACAGAAGGUCACCAACCUCCACCUUAUGUUACAGCUGGUGCGAGUGAUGGUGUCUCCGGUGAACUCUCCUGGAGCUACAUCCAGCUGUCAGAAGUCCAUGUACCAGUGUGGCCUGCUGCAGCAGCUGUGUACCAUCCUCAUGGCCACUGGUGUGCCUGCUGACAUCCUCACAGAGACCAUCAACACUGUUUCAGAAGUUAUUAGGGGCUCACAGGUCAACCAAGACUACUUUGCUUCAGUCAAUGCUCCUUCAAACCCACCAAGGCCAGCCAUCGUAGUGCUGCUCAUGUCCAUGGUGAAUGAGAGACAACCAUUUGUACUUCGCUGUGCUGUCCUUUACUGCUUCCAGUGUUUCCUCUACAAAAACCAGAAAGGCCAAGGGGAGAUCGUUGCUACACUACUACCCUCCACCAUUGAUGCCAAUUCCAUCUCGGCUGGACAGUUACUGUGCGGCGGCCUCUUCUCAGCUGACUCUCUUUCCAACUGGUGUGCUGCCGUGGCCCUGGCCCACGCCCUGCAGGACAAUCUCACCCAGAAGGAGCAGCUGCUCAGGGUUCAACUUGCCACCAGCUUGGGCAAGCCCCCUGUCUCUCUGCUGCAGCAGUGCACCAACAUCCUGUCCCAGGGUGAUAAGAUCGUCCGGCGGGGCAGUAAAGUGCAGACCAGGGUGGGCCUCCUCAUGUUGCUGUGUACAUGGAUCAGCAGCUGUCCGAUUGCUGUUACACACUUUCUACACAAUCAGGAAAAUGUUCCCUUUCUGACCGCUCAGAUCUCAGAGAACCUGGGGGAGGAUGAAAGGCUGGUGCAGGGCCUGUGUGCGCUGCUUCUGGGCAUCUGUAUCUAUUAUAAUGACAACUCACUGGAAAACUACACCAAGGAAAAGCUAAAGCAGCUGAUUGAGAAGCGCAUCGGAAAGGAAAACUUUGUAGAAAAGCUCGGCUUCAUCACCAAACACGAACUGUAUUCACGCGCAGCCCAGAAGCCGCAGCCUGUAUUCCCGUCUCCAGAGCAGAUGCUGUUCGAUCACGAGUUCACCAAACUGGUCAAAGAGCUGGAAGGUGUGAUAACUAAAGCCGUGCACAAGUCCAGUGAGGAGGACAAGAAGGAAGAGGAGGUGAAGAAGACAUUAGAGCAACAUGACAACAUUGUCACCCAGUACAAAGAACUGAUUAGAGAACAGGAUGCUCAAAUCCAGGAGCUGAAGGAGCAGGUAUCGUCAAUGACCUCUCAGCACGAACAGAUGCAGACCACAAUCACCCAGCAGCUGUCCCAGAUCCAGCAGCACAAAGACCAGUACAACAUCCUCAAACUAAAACUAGGUAAGGACAACCAGAGCCAGUCGAACAGCCAGGGAGACGGCUCUCAGGUGAACGGGCUGCAAACAGAAGAGCUUUCCCAGCUCCGAGAGGAGGUGGAGGAGCUCCGCAAGCAACACACACUCCUUCAGACGCAACUCAGUGACAAGGACACACUUAUCAACACUCUGAAGUCGGCGGAGAGUCAAACAGGAGGAUCAGACAACACAGAGCUACUCCAGGAGCUGGAGGCUUUGAGGGGUCAGGUUCAGGCCCAGGCAGCAGAAAUUAGCCAACUGAAGACGGAGAGACAAGAUCUUCUCAGGAGAGCUGAAGCUGGGUCCUCAGACUCGGCCCCCAGCAACUCAUCAGACGCCACCCAGCUGGCAGAACUGGAGAGCAGACUGGCAGCACAGUCGUCUGAGACAGAGAGACUGAAGGAGGAGGAGAAGAAGUUGUCGCAGAGCCGUGCGGAGCUGGAGCAGCAGCUGGCCUCAGCCACCAGCACGGUGGCCAUCCUUCAGGCAGAGAAGACCAAGCUUCAAACGGAGGUCCAGGAGUCAAAGAAGGAGCAGGACGACCUGCUGAUGCUGCUGGCAGACCAGGACCAGAAGAUCCACAGCCUCAAACAGAAACUCAAAGACCUGGGAGAGACGGUGGAAGAUGAAGACGACCUCGACGCCAGGGACCAGACAGACGAGGAUGACGAAGACGAGGAUGAAGACGAGGACUAGAGAAAAACACUAAAAGAAUAAAAACAGGAGCAAUGUGUCUGCCAGCAGACAGAAAGACUGCAGAACCCCCCCACACCCUCACCCCCUCACACACACACACACACAAACAUAGACACAAGAAAUAGAAGAUUAAGACUGACGCUGUAUGUGGAAGCAGCUUCUCUUCCCAGCUGCCAUGCUGUCUUCAUUUCUCUUCACCUCCACCACAUCAGACCAGAGCUUUGAGCUCGUCAGUGCAUUCAUCUCUGCUAUGUUCACCAUCCGUUUGUGAUGGAUUUUACCAGUCUUGUGUUCAUUGUAAUGUCUUGUCAUAGAGUCCUAAUCUGGGGAAAAAAACAAAACAAAAAAAAAGAUGCAAGCUUAAUUUUAACACUCAAGUCAUCUGGAAAUGUAGCAACAACGAAGCCAUUUGUCCUGAUCCUGGUGUUAUAACGUCAACGCGCUGGCGGGUUCUUCAGGUUGUCUUUUUUUUUUUUUUCCCCAUCCUGCAUUUCUGCUCUCACCAGUACAAGUACAACUCACCUGCAGCGUCAGGAUCACCUGCAACACGUCACUGUGCUUCACCCAGAGUUUUGAACCUCAGUCAGUUUGAGUUCAGCGUUGCAGUAUUUAACACUGAGAGUUGUUCUGUUUCACUCUGACGACUCGACCCGUCUGCUCUACUAUAUGCUGCAAAACACUGACAGAAAAGAUGGAAAGAUGAAUAUUUUUGCAACUUUUUGUCCAGUACUGGCUUCCAGCUUCUGUAUAUUGUGUAACUUAACAAUUUAAGAGCCACAUUGAAAUGAAUAAAGAAUCUAUCUGUAUGUCUGUAUGGAGGAAAAUGUAGAUAAAUUAAAUUUUACUAAAUCCACA